UGCAUGGUUGAUGUUUUCGGCGGAAGACUUAAUCUCAUCGGGAAUUUGUUGAGCAUAUUUGUCUGUUAGGACAAAAUAAUUGUUACGUGUUGUAGCCAAUCCGUUGAUUUUCUUGCGUGACUUCAUAUAUUAUAUGAUGGAUGACACGACUGUAGAUGAGUGGAUGAAUUUCUUCCGGGAUGCAGGCAUUCCACCAAAUGUAUCAGCCUCAUAUGCAUCUAGCUUCUGUCAAAACAGAAUCCAUUUAAAUAUGGUUCUUGAGUUAAAUAGGGAUCUUUUGAAGGAAUUGGGAGUUAAUCUAAUUGGUGAUGCCAUUGCAAUAUUAAGACAUGCCAAAUCUUUCCAUGAACAGAAUGUUCGUCAGAAGAUACUUGACAUAAUGUCAUCAGAAUGUCAAAAAGAACAUAAAAAACCUGAAGAGUGUAGUAAGAAAGUAGUAUCUACUACAGAUGUGGCAUCAACAAAUAAUAGGUGGUUUGAUGGUGGCAUUCUUCCUGUAGUUGAGGCAGAGACAACAGAAGAAAUGAGUACUCCAUGCAGUGCUUCAAGAAACCAGAAUAGUCUUCGGACAUCUUAUUCAGAAUGUUUUCUAACGAGAGGACCUGUUGAAUCAAGCAGCACAUUGCCCGUAAAACAAACAACUGUUUCUUCACGUGUUUCAGGAGGUAAUUACAUAUGCAGAAGAAAUCAGGGUAUAAAGAGGCCAAUGCAGCAGAGUCCUGUCUCUACAAUAGUUUCUACAUCUCAGCAACCUGCAGGUAGAUUACCAUGUGAAACAGAAAAUACUCACCCAACUGCUUGUCAGUCAAUACGUAGGAUAGAACGCAAUACUUUUGAGGAUACACCAGAUGGAAUCCUUGCAACAACAAACAUGAAGAGGAAGAGAACUUUAUCGUGUUGUGGACCUAUUGAGAAAGAACAAUUUGAUCCAAAUAUUUGUAUGCAGUCAGUAUGCACUAGGGCUGCCAAUCAAUCGGUCUAUGACUCUCAAAGUACUGCAGAAAGAGUUCAGUCAGAGGGGUUACAGGUUCGAGAGUCUUCUCAAUUAGAUAUUAGUUUACCAAGGCAGGAUGUGAAAAAUGAAAUGAUAGAAACUGAAGACCCUGUAGAAAACCAUUCAAGUUUUUACCCAAGAUGUCAGCUGCCUUUACAGCGGAGGCAGGAAGAAUCACCAACACAGACAUGUACUCAAGAUCAAUCUCAGGAGAGAAUGCAGGGGUUCCAGUCACUACCAAACAAACAAUCACAAUCUCAAACUAUGUCAGUGUCACAGUUUCCAUCUCAUGUGGCAUCAUCUUCACAGUCAUCAUUUUUAAGAAGGCCAAAUUCUCAUAUGCAGUAUCAACCUGCAUUAAAGUUACAUCAUGAAUCCCAGUCAUCAUUGUGUCUUCAGCCAUCAGUGCAGCCUAAGACAGCAUAUGCAGUAUCCUCUCAGGCAAAUGCACACAAGAAUGUGAAAUUACAGAAUAAAAAAGUGAUGCAGUGUAAUUCUGCUCGUUCCUGCUCCACAACAAAGCUGAUUCUUGCAACUGGCAAAAAUAUAAAUAAAAAAUUUAAAUUACUGCAUUCUUUCCCAAGGACACCAUGUGUGACCCCGGAUCCACAUUCAACCGAGUGCACUCAAGGAAAUGAGGUACAAAGACCUGUAAGCUCAUGGGUUGUUUGUGCAUGUAACAACAAGUCUGUUGUGAAAAAGACUGAAAAUGAGGAAAAGGGGGAACUUUCGCAGACUGUGUUAGAAUCUGAUAAUGCAACAUGUGUAUUGCAGAAUGGAUCUCAGACUAAGUUCAUUGAUGCUGGUGGUGACUUGCUGGGAGAAGAAAUGAAUGCCUUGACAGAUACAUCUGCAGUAAGAGGGGAUACUCAGCAGUUGUCUAAACCAUUUGCACACACAUUUGACAGCUGUUUAUAUGAAGGUUCUUCCUCUCAUACCUUCAAUAACUCUAGCAAUGAUGCUGAAAAUAAUUCGCAACAUGAGAGAGUUCCUGGUCAAAUAUUUUCUCGCUUAGGCGUGAAAGUUGAAUUGGUGUCGGUGGAUAACAACAACUGUAACACAUCAGUUAAAAAUGAUACUUUACCAACUUGCAGAUUUGGUAACAACGUUAAGUACAAGAUAAAUAAACCAAAAAAACAUAAAAAUUUAGCAAGUAAAUUUGCUAAAAUAAUGGCAGUUAAACAGUUGCCUAGAAACAAAUUACUCAAGAGGAAAAUUAUGUUCACAGCAUUUCAGAAAACCUCCACAAUUGGCGCACAAAACAUUGUACCAGAUCAGACACGACAAGGAGUUCCUUCUAUAAAUGGUGGACAGCCACAACUGCGAGGUAUUUUGAAACCACAGACCAUUACUUUAGAGCAACGGCAAGAUAUGGAACCAGAAGAAGAGGAUCAGUCACAGAAAAUGACUGCAAACAAGCUUCUGGAAUCUGUAGCCAGAUCUCGUGCUUCAGAUUUGGGAGUGGUUUGUGAAGCUGUCCAUUAUUUGAGUAAUGAUUCCACAAAAUCCGAAGAUGGAGAUUAUAUUUGUCGGAGCACUGAUAAUUUUUGCAGUGAUGAUGAGCAGCAAGAGGAACUCAGCAGGGCUCCCACUAGUGACACCUGUAAAACAGUACGUUUUGGACCUGUUUGUAUCAAGGAAUUUGAGAAAGAUACAUUGUCGUCAUCAGGGAAAACAGCAACAAAUUAUAGACCUCCCAUCUUCAGAAGGUUGGGUGCCAGGAGGAAAGGAAUAUAACAGAUUACUGUAUUUGCAGCUCACAAUAUCUAUUUAACAUAUAUCUUCUUGGUGUGUCCAUCUUUAAGAAACCAAUUUAGUAUUCUUUUGUACGUUAUGUUGUAAAUGUAGUAUAUAGCAAGAUGAUUGAUGUACAGUGGAUGUAUUAUUUACAGCAGAACUUUUUUCUAAUAAAAAUUAAUAUAUAUUACCA